AAGUGGGAAGUUAGUAUCAACGCGACUUUCAAACGAAACGAACACGAAACUACCGAGCAGUGAAAACCCUACGCCAGCAACAGUUUACGGCCAUUUUCACAACGUUUUGCAACAACCGCCAAAAUCAGCAGUUUGGAGAAGUGCUCUUGAAUAUUUGAAUUCCUUCCGGACCAGCAGGGAAUCUUUCCGUACGAAAGUUUAUCAGUUCGAGCAUGCUUUAUAGUGGCCGGUCGGCUAAACGCAAUCCUUGCUCGCUCUCCGUACCGUUGGCAAUCGGGCUGUGGGUGCUUCUGUGCAGUGUAUCCUUGCUGAUCCCAUCGGUGCAAUGUAUGCCGAAAGUGUUGCGGAGUAAUGAAAUCUGUGGAGUGUACAACGGACAUCGGGUGUACUUUGAGCUGGGAGAUCGUGGUCAACUACAGGCGACCAAUGUGUCGGUACCUUACAUUCCUCGAACGGCAUUAGCAAACCAAACCGCUGUCCCAAACGUCUGCACACUCGAGCUGGUAACCUGCCCAUCGUGCAAUUUUAAAAUCUCAUUAAGCUACUCGAACUUUCCGGCCAAGUGUUCGGUGCACAAUGAACCACCGUGCCGGUGCGAUUAUCUCGAGUUUACGGAGCCACCGUUCGAUUCGACGGAAUACACCGGUCGGCGCAACUGUGGCCACGAUGUUGUCUACCAAACGCAAACCCGUUCGGUGUUGAUCAAGUUCGUCUACUGGAGUAACCACACGCAUGCCUUCACGCUGGAAUAUGUCGCCGAACGUAAUCGUGAAACGAUCCAGGCUAAUCCUGGCCCUGCCCAGAACCUUACCAGCAUCAACAACUAUCUCCAUCAUCGCAUCAUCACGACUCCGUACUUCCCGUCCUACUAUCCGCGAGACUUUGGGAAAGAAUAUGUGCUCAGCUGCAACGUGGAGGCUUGCCGGAUCAAUGUCAUCUUUAGCGAUUUUCAGCUUGCCAAAACAUCCACGAUGGAAGUGUACGACUGGAACGGACAACGGUUAGGUGCGGUUUCGGGAGCAAUAUUUCGCCCGCCCGUGUUUCAAAGUACCGGACCAUCGAUGAUUAUACGGUUUUAUGCGAACGGAGGCUCCGGAUUGGGAUAUCGAGCGUUGGUGUCUUUCCUCCACGUCGCCAGUGCUGCGGACGUGUCACUGCAUCCGAAUACGAACUGUGGUGGAGUGGUGGAAAACAUUGGUGGGGCCAUCACGAUGAUGAAGAUGCUGGACAGUGCGAACGAAAGUCGGAUUUACGACUGCGUGUGGUUGAUAAAACCUCCGAACACGUACGCCCAUCUGAAGACGCAUCUAUCGCUGAAGGUGGACACGUUCGAGAAGCUUGGUCCACACUCAAUGCUAACGAUCAUCCAGGGAACUACCUCGGACGGAACGGUGCUCAGUGUGACGAAGGCAGACAGUGCGCUCGCUCGAAAGGAUCUCGUUGUUCCACUAACGUCUGGGUUCUAUGUACAUCUGAGAGCUUCCUUUGGACACCUGUCGCGAAUGGCCUUGGUCUACUCGGGCUUCAGUUAUCUGGAUUGCUACAUGGGAACGGAAUAUCUAUGCCAGAACCGUAAAUGCAUUCCCAUUCAACUGCACUGCGAUGGAUUCGACCACUGUGGCGAUAACAGUGACGAACCGGAGAGCUGCGUUCAGGAGUGGUCGAACGGGCCGAUGGAUCGACGUUGGUAUGCGCAUACCCCCAACUACUACUUCCCCAAGAUGGAUCGCUAUCCGGAUCUGCGCACAGCUACGAUCAUCUUUAUCGCGAGCAGCCUUGGCUUGAUCAUGCUCAUAUCGGCCCUUAUCGUACUGCUCUACCGAACCGGGAAUCGGGCACGCCAGCAGCGCGAACUUCAGAGUCAACUGCAAACCAUCAGUGAACUGUUAGUGAGCGUUAUUCUUGUAGACAGCAACAAUACUCAUGGUGCGGAAGAUCUGGACGACCCGCCGGUGUACGAAGCGCCCCCAGACUAUGACGAGAUCAUCAAGGUUGGCAUGGACGAGGAGAUGAAGCGGAAGCGUCGUCGACGAUCUUCCUCUUCCGCUUCGGGUCGACGUAGCCGCAUGAGACGAUCCCGCCGACAGAGCAACACUUCCGAGGUGCAUAAUCCCAUCCUGGAGGUGCAGCUGCCACCGGAAACGGAAAGCACCCCGUCGACCAGUGGAUUCUCGCUCGGAUUGGGUCCCGCACUGGGUGACGCUGGUCCAACCGAUAGUGAUGCGUACGAUCGGUACUCCGAUGCAGAUGUCGAUGCGGAGGAUCACGAUCUGCGGUUGGCGAACUGGAGCAACCUGGACGAGCGCGGCGACUUCUUCAUCAGCUCUCGCAUACUGGAAACUCCAGCGUCGUCUGCGGGCCCGAGCCAGAGCGUCGUCGUCGGCCAUGCCACGGGCAGCCCACCACCAACGUACGACCAAAGCAAUGCCCGGUUCUUCGCGCUCCAUACUGCCACACUACCAGCGGCCAGCGUUGCGAACUGCGGUGUGUCGGGUAGCCGCCAAGAAGACACUGUUCCGAUCACGCUCGCAAUAAACCUGCUCCCGAGCACCAUCUGUGGAUCGACGAGCUCCACUACGGAUACCACCGUCUCGACUCUCGUGACACCUUCCAGCACUAUCCUUACGAUGCCUUUCACGAUGAGCUGUGACGUUGUGAACAGUGACCGAAGCGCCGGCGGUAACAGUAACAGUAUUAACACCAAUACGAGCAAUAGUGGACCAGCGAGUGGCAACAUGGAACCAGCACCGUGUGGUAUACUUCCAACGCCUGUCUGGAAUGGCUCCAACCGUUCGGAGCGUCCUUGGCAAACGUUUGGCGGAAGUCUAGACGAACCAAACCGGGAACAGCAACGCCAGCAACCUAUGGCUCCGUCUUCGAUGGUGCAAAACACCUUCAACUCGCUGGACAUUAACCAGAUGCAGGAGAUAGAUGCAUACUUAUUCGGUUACGGCAAUGCGUCCCAAGAAGACCAUGGGGUCACGUCCGGAAGCAGUCAGGAAACGAUCGACUCCAACCGAACGACACAAUCACAGCUCACAACAUCCGCUUCGUUUGCACGAAGUUCUUGCCUUUGUGAAUCAAACGAUCUGCCUCUUGCUCAUACUGCCACCACCUCCACCGCUACCACCACGUCUUGUGCGCCCACCAUGUCUUCCUCCUCCAGCAACUAUGAUAUGAUUUGCAAAUACUGUCCCGUCUGUCGAGAGCAACACCUGGCAGAUAGGCAACUGUUGGCACAGCAAUCUGCGACUCCCGCUCAACCCAGCUCGAUGUAUUGCUCCAACUGUAACGGACGAAUAGUAACAGCAGAGUACAUUCAGAUGUUGCGGAACAGCAAGCUAUCGCCUAAUGGAGCCGAGCAGCAGCAGCAGCAGCAACAACCCUGUUCAACCACCACCGAUCCAGGAUCAGGAUCGAGUGCCCUAGGCAAAGUGUGCACAUGCUUCGCCAAGUUCCCGUCCCAAGGGAACAUCACGCGGACGACAUCUGCCGUUGGGAUGCUGCUAACGACGCGAACCUUCUCGGUCGAUCAGCUGGACGAUGGUGCGUUCGCCGGUGGCAGCUUUGGAAACGAUCGACGAAGUGCACGAAGUUCGUGCAGUGCCGUGUCCCGGUUCGAUGCGUACUUCAAUGCACACUACGGCACCACGACCAACAACGAUCGGCAGCAAGAACCGUAGAACCUGCAAACCUCACCUACCACACACCAAAUAUACGAUUAAAAAUUAUGCUACAAUAAAUACGUAUCAAAUGAAAACAA